AUGAUUAAUAACACAACUUUGAGUUUGUAAAAAAAAAGAGAAAUAUUUGCUUUGAAUGUUAAACGUAUUGAUAGAGAGACUCUAUUCUAAAAUAAUAGGAAAAAAAUGAUAUAAUCAAACAACAAUGAGAUUGAAGUUGAUAAGACACUUCAUCUUUUAAAUGGUGCAAUUACAAUAUACAAUAAAAAGGAUAUUAAAAAUUAUUUUAAGCAAAUCAAUGAGUUUAAUCACUUUAAUUAAGAAUAAGAAGUUAGAUUAGUUUAAUUAAUUGAAACACUCCUUAAGUUAAAAGUUGAAGAUGAUAAUUCUGCUUUGCAUAAUGAAUGUUUGAAUGUUUUAGUCAAAUUGAGUUUGUUUUAAAAUUCAACAUAAGAAUUAUUCAAUAUGCUUACAAUUCUUUGCAAAUUAAUGGAUAAGUAUAACAAUCAUAUUAAUCAAGCACUUUCUUACUAAAUUUUAGAUAAAAUACUAGCAUUUAUUGGUAAUUAUUAAUCUAAAAUAAAUAGGUAAUAUUUCAUGUAACAAUGGAUUUAUUAGUGCAUUUUCACCAAAUUUGAUAGAUAACUUAUAAUAUUAGAUAAUUUAUGGAUAAAAAAGAUUGUUAUUUUAAGCAAUAUGGGCUUUAAAUAAUAUUCUAUAUGCUAUUCACAAUGAAACUGCAUUAUUAAAUUAGAUAUUGGUAAAGAUAGGUUAAUCUGAAUUACCUCAAUAUUUAAUAUAAUAUGUAAAGAAAAAUGAAAAUAAACUUGAUAAAAAUUAAUUAAUACAAAUAUAUUGGUUGUAUGCAGAAUUAUCCUAAGCAAUUCCAUUUGAUUUUGCAUAAUUAUAAGUUAAAGAGACAGAAAAUUAAGAAUUACAAUUAAUAAUAUUAUUUAUAUAUGCUAAUUUGACAGGAUAGCAAAUAAUUCCUGCAAAUUGUAAUGUGAAUUUAUUAUUCAAUAUGUUCCCAAUUUCAAAUCCUUUAAUUUAAAGAUAACUUUUAGUGAUAAUAGCUAAUUUAGUUCUUUUAACAGAAAUUGAAUUAGAAGCCUUAAAGAAUUUAAUAAAUUAUGCCUUUCCUAUAUGUCCUGUAAGAAUAAUAAUUUUUAUUUUUAGAUAGACACUAUGUUUUUAUUGCAUAAUUGUUAAAUGAAAUACAAUUUUUAAUUAAGUUCAAAUGAAAAAGAAAACAUUUUGAGAAUCAUUGAUGAACUUCAAUAGGAUUCCUUAAUACAAGAUUUAGUAAAAUAAUUAAAAUUAAACAAUUGA